AUGAUCAUGUUCGCAUUCACACUUCGACCAGUCGCUUCACACUUGGAGGAUGCACAGUCGCACGACCCGCAGAAGUACGUCUCACCCACGACCAUGCUCGAGCUCACGAACGGUCAGAUUCAGGGCUACAGUAGCGACUUGGAGGACGGACGAACCGUGCACAGUUAUAAGGUGGGUGCGGGCUUGAUUUUGGAGGCUUUAGGCUUUCUAGAUUUCGGUUUAGUGGGCUUAGGCUUAGGAUUAGGCUUAGGCUUAGACUUUGGCUUAUGACUAGGUUUAGGCUUAGGCUUAUGCUUAUGCUUAUGCUUAGGCUUAGGCUUAGGCUUAGGCUUAGGCUUAGGCUUAUGCUUAUGCUUAUGCUUGGGCUUAGGCUCAGGCUUAGGCUAGGCUUAGGCUUAUUCUUAGGCUUAGGCUGAGGCUUAUUCUUAGGCUUAGGCUUAGGUUUUAGCUCGUGUUCAAACUUAGUAUAGUCUUAGUACGCUUAGGCUUAGCAAGCUUAGGCUCAGUGGGUUCGGUUUAGUAGACUUAGUCUUUGGCUUAAGACAUAGGUUAAAAUUUUUUCUAAAAGUUAAAAAAUUGCGUUUUUUCGUUCUUUGGUCAUUCAUUAACCGCGAGAACUAGAUAUAUUAGUAAGAUAAACAAAACGUGCCGGAUGUUUUAUAAUCCGCUUUUUCAAAUUCCUAUCGAGGGUUAAGUUGUACAGUUCAAGUCGACCAAAAAUUAUUGCACAACUUUCAAAAAAAAAUUAAAAAAAAAUUUUAAAUUGUUUUUUUUUCAAACAUAAGGUCUAAAAUGUCAAAAAUUAGUUUUGGCUGCCACUUUUAAGGUUUGUUUGAUUAUGGCACGCAAUUAACGACUUAUAACAACUUAAUUGGCCACGCAGUAAUAAUUAGAAAACUGAAUAAAAAGCAGCCAAAGUAAAAUGUAAGAAGGAAAAAUUUUAAAUCUUGCUUAUGCAGCGCUAAGGAAUCGUAUUUUACUAAAAUUUUAAAUUUGAAACCAAAAUUUUAAAAAAAAAGGUAAUGGAAAGAAAGUUCUUGCGGUUUUGAAAAAAAUCUUAGAUUGAAGAAAAAAUUGAUUUUACAAGGUAUUUUAGGCUUGUGAGCUCAUUUUUGACAAUUUUUUGGCGUUUUUAAUGUUUUAAAAGGUGGAAAGAAAGUUCUUGCGGUUUUUUAAAAAAGAGCUACAAUUUAGGUAAAAAUUGUUUUGACAGGGUAUUUUAGGCUUUAGAAUUCAUUUUCGACUAUUUUUUGGAAUUUUGAAUAUCUUAUAAGGUGGAAAGAAAGUUAUUGCGGUUUUUCAAAAUUUUUCGAAAUUCAAAAUUUUUUUUAUGAAACAUGGUUGAAAUAGCCUUAGGAAUGAUAUCUAAAAUAUAAUAUUUUUAAAAUUUUAGGGAGUGCCAUAUUCAGAGCCGCCUGAAGAUAUUUAUCGCUUCGAGAAGCCGACCCCAAAGGCCGAAUGGGACGGCACUCUGGACAACACGGAAUACGGUGCCAAAUGUCCCGCCUGGGACCCAGUAGCAGACGCCUUCAAUGAUGGUGUUGAUGACUGUCUUCAUUACAAUGUCUUUGCUCAUUCCGAGUGCAUGGUAGGUUGGGAAUGGCAGUUUUUUGAGGGUUGGAAAUACUUUUUGCUGCUUUUUCGGGGGUCGACAGCAAAUUUUUUGGCGUUUUUUAGGUUUGUAAAGAAAGUUUUUGCGCUUUUUUGAUAGUUAUAGGAAAGAAAUUCCAUUUUAUGUCAUUUUAAAAUUUUUUUUUUGUAAUUUUAAUAUUUGGAAAGAAAGUUAUUGCAUUUUUUGUUUUGUAAGUUUAAUGGCCUUAUAUUUUGAAUUGUAAACAAAGUUUUUGCAGUUUUUAAAUUUUUUAUGAUAUUAAACGUCAUUUUAAGGCAUGGUUCAAAAUUUUGCGAUUUUCCGUCAUCUGUAAAGAAAGUUAUUGCGUUUUUUAUCAGGCAGCCCAUAUUUGGCCAUUUUUUUCAAAAUUUUGAAAUUUUAAAAAUAAAAAAGUCAUUUUCAGCAAGAACCAUGCCCAGUUAUUGUAUUGCUCUUACCAGAUGCUCUAUCCAAAGAGGACGAGAUCAAAAACAAGUAUUUGUUACAAAAGUUGGUCGUUGUUACAGUAGGCUUCCGCACGGGUAUUCUUGGCUUUUUGAAUUUGGGCGUCUCGAAAGAAGAUGCGCCUUUGAAUGCUGGAUUCUAUGGCGAGUUUUUUUAAAAAUUAUAUGUAUUAUUUUUUUUGAAAUUAAUAUGGGAAUUUAUAAAAAUUUAAAAUUUUGAUAUUUUUUAAAAAAAAAAUUCAAAGAAAGUUCUUGCAAAAAUUUUCAAAAAUUCUCGAAAACGCUAUUUUCGAUCAUGGUAAACAAAGUUAUUGCCAAAAAAUUGAUUUCUGCACCGUGCAACGCUAUUUGUCUUGUUUGCACAGUGCGAAAGCGCGGUCCCGUCCGAUCUGGCAAGUUCAGCAACGGUGCGCUUGAUUAUAAAAAGUUCGGGAAACACUGGGUGGAAACAAAGUUUUUGACAGUUUGUGACAUGCCUAUUAUGAAUUUUGUCAUUUUUUGAAUUUUAAUGCAAGCUUUGGGGACUUUUUUGAAAGUGGAAGAUUUUCAGUGGAAAUUACACGGGAAUACUUCCAUUUGGUUUUAUGUGCAUUUUCUUGGGUUUUGUGCCGUUUUCGAAAAUUUGUGAGGUGUUCUUUGGAAUUUUGUACUAUUUGUUGAAAAUUUUUACAAAAAAUUUUUGAUUUUAGGCUAAAAUGUAAUAUUUUAGACAUCCAACUAGCCCUACGCAUAAUUCACGAAGAAAUCAGCAAAUUUGGCGGUGAUGCGGAGAAGAUUACAGUAAUCUCGGAGGUCUCGAACAUUGUCGAAUACCUAAUGGCUUCGGAUUCGAAAUAUUUCUCCAAAGCGGUUACUGUAACAUCGUCAGCACCUCGACUAAACUCGAUGGUCAAUAGCGAGGAGACCCAGAAGGUUGUGACCGAAUUGGGCUGUACCAACGAUGACAUUGAAGGAAGUUCGAAUUGUCUGAGGAAAGCUAAACUUGAGGAUCUGAUUAAGCCAGAAUCCGUGGUGUUGGCUCCAGAAUCCGAUGCUACAGCCUUACCGUUUAGCAAUUUGGAAGCUAUGGCUGGCUUGUGGAAGGUAAGUGGAAAGAAAGUUUUUGUAAGAGGAAAAAUAUAUAUUUGGGGGUGAGGAAAGAAAGUUUUCGCAAUUUUUUGUUUUGUAAAGAAAGUCCUUGCCAUUUCUUGUUUUGUAAAAAAAGUUUUUGCCAUUUCUUGCAUUGGAAAGAAAGUUUUUGCCAUUUUUUGUUUUGUAAAUAAAGUUUUUGCAAUUUUUUGUUUUUUAAAGAAAGUUCUUGCUAUUUUUGCAAAAAUAUAAAUAAAUGAAAAUUUUGCGAAAAUAACACCCAGACAAACUGGAUAAUUACUUAAAAACCGGUUUUUUACAAUAUCCCUAUGUGUCACUAUUGUUUUUGCCAAUAUUUACGUUACAUUACAACAAUAUUAACAUGAAAAGUACUUCCUGGAUCAAUUUUCGACCAAAAAAUGACAAAAUUUAUAAUAAGUAUGUUAUAAACUGUCAAAAACUUUGUUUCUAUUCAAUGUUCCAUGAACUUUUUAUAAUCAAGCGCACCGUUGCUUAACUUGCCAGAUCGGACGGGAUCGCGCUUUCGCACUGUGCAAAGAAGACGAAUGGCGCUGCACAGUGCAGAAAUUAAAUUUUUGGCAAUAACUUUGUUUACAAUGAUGGAAAAUGGCAUUUUUGUGAAUUUUCGAAAUUUUGCAGAAACUUUCUUUACAGAAAAAAAAAUUUAAUUUUGAAAAUUAAAAAAAAAAUUUUUUGAAAAAUGGGUUUGAAAGGAUUCAAAAUCGAAAGAAAAAUGUUUUUCUAAAAAUUCAUUUUAUAUCUUGUCCUUUUUCAGGAAAUGCCUUUGGUAUUCAUAAACAAGCUGCCAGAAACCACCCCCUUCGCUUUGGAUGCCAUGUGCAAGAUGUACAGUCCAUUGUUCUCGUUCAAACAAAGUGUAGAAGAUUGUGAGGCAUCGUACGAUGACAAAAUGGUACUACUCAAGGAUGUGAUGACCGCUUAUGGACUGAAAAUCCGCGAAAUGAACAACAAUAAUGGAGUUUUUGUGGAAUUGAGCGCGGACGCGGACUUGGCUGAUGUCUACAUCAAGUUUGCAACUGAGGAAUCCGGUAAGUAGAUUUUUUCUUGCAUUAAAAAUGUUACAGAGAUAAUGUACUUUUAUUUUUAUUUUAAAAAAUUUGGGUUUUAGCUUUGGAACGAAAGGUAUUGCAAAUUUAGUGCUGGAAAGAAAGUUUUUGCGGUUUUGAGGUCAAGUUUUAAAAAAUCUUAAACUGUUGAUAUGCAUUAUUAUACAUUUUCAUUUUACGUAUUGUGACAAACGUUUUUGAAAUUUAGUAUACUGUAAAGAAAGUUACUGCAAAUUUAGUGCUGGAAAGAAAAUUCUUGCGGUUUAAACGACUAAGCAUAAAAAUGUAAAAAAUUGAGAUACUGGUGGAUGUGUACUGCCAUUUCACAUGCUGUACAAAAAUUUUUUGAAAUUUCAUUUACUGUAAAGAAAAUUGUUGCGCUUUUUAGGUGGAAAGAAAGUUAUUGCGGUUUUGCGCGGAAAUUUUAAAUUUUUUGAAAAAUUGAUAUAAACUUAGAUUUUAACUGCCAUUUUACAUGGUAUAUUAAAAUUUUGUCUAGUUGGGUUUGCUGUAAAGAAAUUUAUUGCGGUUUUUUAUUUUUUAGUCUAAUUUAAAAAAAAUUUUUUAAAUUUAAAAAUUACGCUAAAAUGCCAUUCUUUUUUUGACUCACGUAGAAAUUACAGUUAUUUUUUACCUAAAAAUGACAUUUUAUAUCAGUAUGGCAUUACAAUCGUCCCGGUUGAUGAGAUUGAUUUACCCAUACACCCCAACUGGUGGCUAAAAUACGCACGCUGAACAUAAAUAACAUUGUAACACGAGCCGAAAAGGUCGUAGCGACGUAGCGUUUGCAUGCAAAAAGCAUCAAAGCACACUCGACGUAACACAUGCAAUAAUAUACUCUUUAAUGCCACCGGAUUCUGGAAAACGCGCAUUUUUGUCAUAAUUGUGACGAAAGUAUCGAGAAGAGGUAUGUGAGAUCACGGUAGGAUGUAUGUCACAUACGGGGCUUGAAAAAAAUUUUUAGAUUAAAUUUGAAAAAUAGGUUAGAAAUGGCAAUAGAAUGGCAUUUUUAUGAGCAAUAUUGAAUUUGAAAGUCCAGUGGAAGAUUUACAAUGCAAUUUGCACUAAAAAUCUUUCAUCAAAGUUUCAUUUUUUAAAAGUUCAAAAUUAGCUCUAAAAUCUAAAAAAAUGGCAUAAUUUAUAAUAGGCAUGUUUUAAAAUGGCAAAAACUUUGUUUCCACCCAGUGUUUUUCGAACUUUUUAUAAUCAAGCGCACCGUUGCUUAACUUGCCAGAUCGGACGGGAUCGCGCUUCCGCACUGUGCAAAGAGGGCAAAUGGCGCUGCACGGUGCAGAAAUUGAUUUUUUGGCAAUAACUUUGUUUACAGUGGCAUAAAAUGGAUUUUUAAAAUUUUUUGUCUUUUAUGCAAGAACUUUCUUUACAAAAAAAAAUUUUUGAAAUUAAAAAAAAAUUUUUUUUAAACUUUUUUUUACUGUAGUAAAAAUUUUUUUUUUACUUUUACUAUAACCCACCACACUAUAUACACAUUUUACUAUGUAAAAAAGCCAGGGUCAAAACAUGACAAUUAGCCCUAAUCUGCAUAUUUAUGCACGAUUGAACCAUCUGAACCCCCAAUUAGCCGCCACAUUCAUUUGAAGGGUACGAGAAUUUUUCCGAGUAAGAUGACAACAGAUUAACAUAAGUUAUAUAUAGGUAUAUAACAUGACAUGAGCCGUGAAUACGACGGUAAAUGAGCGUUAGGAGAAAAUACACGUAACUUUUGAUGCGAAAAACUGUCUUUUUUAACCUAAAAACGGCCAAAAAUGACAUUUUUUAUUGAAUUAGAAAUGUAAAAUUGCAAAAACUUUGUUUACUGUACGUUAAAAUUACCAAAAAUUUUGUUUACACCUAGUGUUCUUCGAACUUUUUAUAAUCAAGCGCACCGUUGCUUAACUUGCCAGAUCGGACGGGACCGCGCUUUCGCACUGUGCAAAGAAGACAAAUCGCGCUGCACGGUGCAGAAAUUACUUUUUUGGCAAUAACUUUGUUUACAAUGGCAUAAAAUGGCAUUUUUGAAAAAAAUUGAUAGUUUUUUGAGUUGCAAAAACUUUCUUUACAAAAUAUUAAGGAUGGAAGGGUUGGGUGAAAUUUUGGAAAAAAACCGCAAUAACUUUGUUUACAAGGGUUGAAAAAUUGCAAAAAAAAAUUUUUUUGGGUUUUGUUCAAGGCUAAAAAUAAUUUUUUUUUGAAUUUUGAGCAAUUCUGAAAAAAAAUUUUUUUUUGCAGAAACUUUCUUUCCAAAAAAAAUUUUAAAUAUUAUAAAAUAAUACAUCUAAUAUAGUUCGUAUUUUGCACUAAAUUUGCAUUUUCGAAAUGUACUUUUACUAAUUUUUCCAUUUUCAGACAACGCCGCAACCCAAGAAGCCCUGUUGGCAGCCGGCGCCCAGGUGUUGGAGUCGUCCGAAGGCGCGGAGAAGUGGCUUCAAUCGCCGGCCGAACGCCUCUCCAAACGUCAUUUGCUGUUGAAGCAGGCUCAUCGCCACCGUCGUUAUGUUAACCCGCAGAGUAAUGAACAGAUGGCUUUAUACUUGUGUAUGACCGUAGUCUUUUUGCUUGUUACCGUAGUCGCCGUGCUGGCGGUGGUGUUUUACAGACGCCAGAGUAGGGUCACGGUUGAGUUGGUUUAG